UGCAAUUUUAUUCAGAAAUUUAUAGAAAUGGUUACAAUGACAUCCGUCAGUGUGUCCAAGAAACAGAAGGUGAUGACUGGAACAGUUCGCGUCGAACAAACUGAUUUGAGCAACACCAUUGAAUCUGAUGAGCCAGAUAAAAUGAUUAUUGAAGAAUCCAUGAGCUGCAAGAAGAGGAAAGAAGGCCAGCUAAUUUCUUUACCGGAGCCAGAAGAUUUGUUUUCUCCGCGAUAUCCAAGUGAGCUUGAUGCAGCUGCAAUCAAGCUGCAGAAAUUUUACAAGAGUUACCGGACCAGACGAAGCCUUGCAGAUUGUGCUGUUGUAGUGGAGGAGCUAUGGUGGAAGGCAUUGGACUUUGCUGCUCUGAAACGGAGCUCUGUGUCAUUCUUCGACUCUGAUAAAUCAGAAACUGCCGUGUCAAGAUGGGCGAGGGCUAGGACGAGAGCUGCCAAGGUUGGGAAAGGUUUGUCAAAGGAUGAGAAGGCUCAGAAAUUAGCUCUAAGACAUUGGCUUGAGGCUAUUGAUCCACGUCAUCGAUAUGGACACAAUCUACACAUGUAUUAUGAUAUCUGGUUUAACAGUGGGAGCUCUCAACCUUUUUUCUACUGGUUGGAUGUUGGAGAUGGCAAAGAAGAAAAUCUUGAGAAGUGUCCGAGAACUGAUCUGCAGCGUCAGUGCAUCCAAUACCUUGGACCGAAAGAGAGAGAAGCUUAUGAAGUGAUUGUGGAGAGUGGGAAGCUUGUGUACAGUCAAAGUGGGAACCUUGUGAGUACUGCUGAGGGUUCUAAGUGGAUUUUUGUCCUCAGCGCAUCGAGGAAUUUGUACGUUGGGGAGAAGAAGAAAGGCCUUUUCCAGCACUCCUCUUUUGUAUCUGGAGGUGCCACUAUUGCAUCCGGAAGAAUGGUUGCUUGCAAUGGGGUUCUUGAGGCUGUAUGGUGCUACAGCGGCCAUUAUCGCCCGACAGAAGAGAGUCUUUUGGAGUUCAUUAGCUUCUUAGAGGAGCAUCAAAUGGACAUGACAGGUGUCAAGACAUCUCCUACAGAUGAUGAUGUUCCACCUUCAUAUGCCACCAAGAAAGAGAUGAACUCAGAGUCUAUAACAAGCACCCAUGAGGAGACUAAAGAAAAUGAGGCUGCCACAGACAAUGAUGCAGCAAAUGAUCACCAUGAACACAAGGUGGAGCCCCCAAAAUUUGAGCUGGGCAGGCCUUUGUCACGCAAAUGGAGUACCGGGGCCGGCCCUCGAAUCGGGUGUGUAAGAGAUUACCCAGCACAGCUGCAAUAUCAGGCACUUGAGCAGGUCAAUCUGUCACCUAGAGUCACACCAGAAAUCUCUGUUAGCAAUGCUCCAAUCCCUUCACCAAGACCAAGUCCAAAGAUCCACCUCUCACCUAGGCUUGCAUAUAUGGGACUUCCUAGCCCCAAGGUUACAUAAUUUGACCUCUAAACCAUCGCUAGAUUAAUCUAAAAGAUUAAGCAUUUUGUGGCAUUUUGGGUUAGGGGGGUUUUUGAAUGGACUAACCGGGUUAGAAUGUCUUCCAUUCGGGUUUUCCUCUUGACCUUGAUCAUUUAGCCAUGUAGGUAGGUCAUCUGCCUUUACCAAAUUAUUUUAUUUCUUCACCAUUGUUUGGGGACCUUUCAGGGGU